AGGAAUGGAGAAAUCAAGCGAUACCCCAAUCCAUUCAUGAUUAUGAAAACAGUUUUUGUAAAAAAAAUUAAAAAAUACUUUAAUAUUGGGACAUUACAUACAUUGUUUAAAGUUUUAGAAAAAAUGGGAUCUUGGACAGAAAUUACAAUUUCUUUUGAAGAUCUCCGAUCGAUCGCCAAAGGACGUACAUUAGGCAACGAUCAACUAAAUAGAAUCGUCUUUGAUGGUUUAGAUCGAGAAGAAACAUUUCUAAGACUGACCCGAGAAAAUCUAAAUUGUUUAGAUGUCAAAAUUGAUGGAACCGAUUUCUCAGCUGUCAGUGGCCGCGCUUGGGCAAUUGCUAAUCGAUUCCAGCGUGAAAACUUUAUAAAGGCAUUUAAUCGGUUUAAAACAAUGUAUAAGGAAAAGUUCCCAAAUAAAAAUUACCAUACCAAUCAACCUCGAUGGGUUAAUAAAGUAGCCUCAGAUUAUAAUCCGCCCGCCUCCUCUCUAGUCCCCUCUCAAGUUCCUUUUCCUGUCCCUUUAACCCCUAUAUGUCCGUCAACGUCAACAGAUAUAAAUGAAAAUAAUAAUCUUUUUUUAACCGAAAAAAUCCUUUUUCGAGGCGAUCUAGGGGAU